UUUCUUUCUUCUUCUUCUUCUUCCCAUACAAAUUAGUAAUAUAAUUAUAUAGUAUUUAUAAGAAUAACCUAUACUUAUCAUCUUUAAAAGAAGCAUCUUAUUUAUCUUAAGCAAUUGACAUAUGCAUACAUCUAUUUUUAAUAAUUAUGAAAAUUUUAUCCACCAAUCAAUCUUAGCCAAGCAGUUAAAAAAAAUGGACAGCAGCUUAUAUUCUUCUAUUUUCCUUAGUUUAAUAUUUAAAAAAAAAUGCCAUCUCCACUGGAAAUGUGGUUUACCGAUAUUCCACCCAUAACACGUAUAUAUGUUUCUGCAGCUUGUUGUACUAGUAUAGCUGUGCAAUUAGGCUUCAUCCAUCCUUUACAAUUAUGGUUAAAUUAUGAAAGCAUUACAAAUGACUUUCAAUGGUGGAGAUUAAUAACUAAUUUUUUCUACUUUGGACCUUUAUCAGUCGAUUUCUGUUUUCAUAUAUUUUUCCUGGCGAGAUAUAGCAGGAUGAUGGAAGAAGGAUUCUAUAGAAAUAAGCCAGCAGACUAUGUAUGGCUUAUGGUAUUUUCAGCAAGUGUGUUACUACUUAUAUCGAUUCUUAUGCCUUUUGCCUCUUUACCUUUUAUGGGAUCAGCUCUGUCAUUUACAAUGGUUUAUAUUUGGGCAAGAAGAAAUCAAUAUGUUCGAUUAAACUUUUUAGGCCUAGUCGUCUUUACUGCGCCUUAUUUACCUUGGGUUCUUUUGUUGUUUUCAUUAUGUUUAGGAGGUCAAAUCCCUACAGGUGAUAUCUUGGGAGUUUUGGUUGGACAUAUUUACUACUUUUUUGAAGAUGUCUGGCCACGUGAUCCAAUGAGUCAAGGCAAGAAAUGGUUAGCGACACCUAGAGCCAUGUAAGUUCAUAUAUAAGAAAGUAGAAAGAUUUGUAUAUAUUCACAUAGCACUUUAUUAGUCGUUGGUUAGUUGAAGGAAAUCGACCCCGAGAUGAUACUAUAGAUAUUAAUACAGGAGAGGAAGAAGAAGAAGCAGAAGAAAAUGCAACAUUGAAUGAUGAUAAUAACACAAUAGAGGAAAGAGGUUUAACGAAUGAAGCAACA